AAAAAAACAACUCGAUUGGUUGGACAUCAUGCUAGUUUACUUGUAGAAGCGAGCGCUAUACCCCCUAUACCUAGCCAUACUAUUGUGAAGGAACCCCCACAAUUGGCAAAACGAUCUGCUCCGUUUGAAGAAAAUACUCGACCUAAACGUAGAAUUACGAUUGAAGAUGAUAGUGAUGAAGAAUUACUGCCUGUGGUUGAAAAGAGACUCAAGACGGCGCGAUCUCCUAUUCCACCUAUUAUUCCACCUCGUCCUAAAUUCUCAAUCGCACCAUCCCGACCUAGAAGAAUGAAUGUAGAAUUUAAGUUUGGAACAAGUGAUAGAAUGGAUGUGUACGCUUUACGUCGUAACCAACAAGAGAUUAUGUCUGCCAAAAAGCCACGAUCUUUACUUUACAAUAUCGCAGAUCGUCAUAUGGAUCGUGGUAUGAGUGAAUUGAUGAUUGCUACAUCCUUGGAUGGUGAAUUACAGUUUUGGAAUUCGGUCGAUCGUAAAAAGAUCAAGACAAUUGGAAAAGAUCAUUUGUAUGAUAGUUGGAUUGAUGAUAUUUGUUGGGCUACACCCUCUACUUUAGCCUUUUGUCCUUCAUCCAAACUUUUGGAGCCUGUGAAAUUGAUUCAUAUUUGUAAUGUGACAAAGACAAAUGUGGAAGGUAGGAUUCAGACACUCAGAGGAACACCUCAUGAGAAUGGUGUAUCCGUGAUUGCUUCUAUGGAUACAGGCACUUAUAGUUCGAGUUACUCAGAAGCAUGUAGUAUUGUUACGGGUGGUUAUGAUAAAAGCGUGUAUCUGUGGGGUUUAAAGCGAGAAUCACCUCUUGAUAAUUUUUUGGAAACAGGUGUACAUCGUUUAAAUAUUAAACAUACGUCAGCAGUGUAUUCCCUUCAUUAUGACAAGUUUCGAAACGUUUUGUUCUCGGGUGGAUCGGAUGAACGCUUAGUUUUGUUUGAUAUCCAAUCGAACAGUACCAUUCGAGAAUUAAGGUUACAACAACGCGUUAGUCAAAUCAAUCAAAGCAAAGCCAACCCCAACAUCAUGUUGAUCACUACAACGAAUCGAACGGAUCAAUUCUUAAUUUAUGAUCAACGAGUACCUGGAUUCGAUGGAGUUAAAUUGAAAUUUGGACAAUUUGAACAAGAGACGUUAUCUCGAUUUAUCAAGCCUGAUAUGCAUGAGAAUGGAUAUAUGGUGUGUUGUGGAGGUCAAGGUGCACCCAAAUUGAAUUUUUGGGAUCUUCGCUACAGUGGUGUGAGUCGAGGUCCUUCUUUUACGAUGGAUACACAAGCAAUGAGACGUAGUCUUCGAUCCAUGUUUUUACCUGGACAAGACACUGUUGUGUCAGUGUCUUCUUCUCGUUACAUGACAUGGAUUGACUAUGCAGUAGCAAAAGAUGAAUUACCACAAAAUAUUGUAUAAUAAAAAUAGAUG